CAGGGAUACGUUUUAGGCUAAUCCUUUUAAUUCCCAUCGUGAGCCAGUUUUAACUUUACCUCGGCUCGGUCUCGCUGGAGCCCAAGUACAACUAACCCCAUUUGUUAACUGCACUAUUGGCGUGUCCGCGGGAAACAGCGGAGCACCAGAAUUCCUGAACCAAGGCGGGACUAACAAAGUCUAUAAAAUGGCCCUAGGUGACUGGCUGGGCUGUUCGUUGUACAAGGGGAAAUAGCUAGACUUCACGCCUCCGAACUUGUCUGGUUCGCGGGAAGCACUCACCUCAGCAUGGCUCAGAACUCGACAAACAACAGACAGAUAUUUAACAAGCCCAGGAUAGAAAUUCACCUUCAUCUUGAUGGGGCUAUAAAACCUGAAACAAUUUUGUACUUUGGCAAAAAACGAGGAAUUAAGUUGCCAGCAGACACAGUGGAAGAACUUAUGUGCUACAUUGGAUAUGAUGAACCACUUGAUCUCACUCAGUUCCUUAAGAAGUUUAGCCAUUAUAUGCCGGCUAUUGCCGGAAGCAGAGAAGCUGUGAAACAAAUAGCUUAUGAACUCGUAGAAAGUAAAGCCAAAGAAGGCAUUAUAUAUUUUGAAGCAAGAUACAAUCCACAUCUACUGGCUAACUGCAAUGUUGAUCCGAUUCCUUGGAAUCAAACACCUGGGGACUUGACUCCUGAUGAAGUGGUUCACCUUAUCAACAUGGGCUUCCAGGAAGGAGAAAAGGAUUUUAAAAUUAAAGCAAGAUCCAUCCUUUGCUGCAUGCGGCACAUGCCAGAAUGGUCGGCUGAAGUUGUACAUUUGUGCAAGAAAUAUCGCAAUGAAGGUGUUGUGGGCAUUGAUUUGGCAGGUGAUGAGUCUUUAAGUACUGACAUCCAUUCAGGCCACGGUGAAGCCUUUGAGGAAGCUUUUCAGUCCGGCAUCCAUCGAACUGUACAUGCUGGUGAGGUUGGAGGACCUGUGAUAGUCAAAGAGGCCGUAGCUGUUUUGAAGGCGGAACGGAUUGGACAUGGAUAUCACACAAUUAAAGACCCUAAUCUCUACAACCAAUUAUUAAAACUAAAUAUGCAUUUUGAGACUUGUCCUUGGUCUAGCUAUCUCACAGGAGCAUGUGACCCAGAUUUUACAAAGCAUCCAAUCAUAAGGUUUAGAAAAGAUAAGGCAAACUUUUCACUGAAUACUGAUGAUCCUCUGAUAUUCAAAUCCACAUUGGAUAAAGAUUAUUACAUUGCAUCAAAAUACAUGGGUUUCACAGAAGAAGAAUUUGAGAGAGUGAAUAUUAAUGCAGCCAAGUCCAGCUUUCUCCCAGAUAAAGAGAAAGAAGAGCUUCUACAAACAUUAUACAAGGCAUAUAGUUUCCAGAACAAUGCUUUGUAAACAGUUGCUGAUAUAUCAUCAACUUGAUCAGGAAAUUCCAAGCGACUACUUGAAGAAUCCAGUUAAUGGAUUAGAAUUUUUUUUUUUGCUGAAUACUCCAUUAUUAAAUAUUCACUUUAUGAGAAAGAUAUAGCAUAGCUUUUCUUGCAAAUCUUAUGAAAAGAACACAAAACAAUAUAGAUUGCCUUUUGAUCUUUAAGUAUUGUAUAAUCAAAAAUGUGGAUUUAAUUGUUUCUAAGACACUUUAUUUUAGGCAAUGGCUUUGCAGAAUCAUUUAAGGAGUAGAGAACAUUUAUAUGAUAACAUAAUUUUAUAAAGCAGCACCUAGCCUACAAAUGUCCCAAAAGGAUCACUAAACCAUGGCCAAUAAUGGAUGGCUGAUUUACUCAAUUAUAUUAACUAGUAUACUAGGAUGAUGAUUUGUGAGAGAAUUUCACACCAAUCAGCAGCGAGGAUUGAUAUUGUCUGCUGGAAUGAGGUGGGCGUAAGAGGAGUGAGGCCUGACUUCGCCAAGUGAUAUAUCACCAAAAAUGAGAGCAAGAGGCCUCAUAGGAAUUUAAGGAAUUAGCUUGUAUUUCAGAGGAUGGUUAGAACUAGGCUGAUAUUGUUAGAUAGGAAAAAGCUGAGUAUGGAUUUUGUCUGCAAAUUAGUGAUUAUAGAAUAUUAGAUGGCUCCAUUUUCCAACAACAAUAGUUCUAACUUUUCCCACCUUGUAUGAAGUUUCCUCACAUUCUGCUAGUGUUUCAGUUUUUCCCCGAUCUGGUCCUUUUUAAAGGUUACAUUAUUGAGCAUUUAAAACUUGUUGACAUGGUGUUUAACAGUAACAAAGAUUAAAUUUAAAUAUAUUCUUACUAGGAAAUCUUCAUUUGAUGCAACUGGUUAAUUAUUCAAGUAUUUAGAAUGUAUUACUGAUGGUCCCCUAUCUGUUACUCCAAAUCUCUUAUUUAACUGUUGUGCUGAGUUGCACCUUGCAUUUCUGCCAUCAGCAACAGCUUGUAUAGUCUGCAUUUCAGAGAAUGAUCACAAGUAAUAUUUUUGACUGCAGAAUCCUUUAUUUCACCUUUAAGCAUUAGAAAUCUGUUAAUGUGGGAUGUCUGAUUAAUAUUUACUGUUCUGACAUUAAGGCUGAUAAACAGUCUUUUCACAUUUUGUUAAUUUUUGAUCCAAACAGUGCCACCAGUGACUGGUAUCUCACUACCAAACGUUGCACAUUGGGAAAGAUAAGUAACAGUGUCAAUGUGUAACAGUGAUAGAAAUGAGAUUACCAAAAUUCAUAUGAGAAGGAUUGUUGAUAGUCAACUUUUGUAACUCAUGUAUCUGGAUUGAAUUCAGACGGAUAACCUUUUUUAGACGUAAUUUGUAUGCGUCAAAUUUGUAAAACGUUUAAAAAUAAAUUUUAAAAAAGGGGCUUUU